ACCUUUGUUCUAAAAUUGUGUUGCAUGAAUGAUUAAAUCCAUUAAUUCACACACACACACACAUAUAUAUAUAUAUAUAUAUAUUGUCUUUCAGGAUGACUACAUCAAAAACAUGGAGGAGAACACUGGUUCUGAUGAAACCGUGGACACCACCAAGGACCCGUGCCAGAAUGUGAAGUGCAGCCGCCAUAAGGUGUGCGUUGCUCAGGGCUACCAGAGGGCCAUGUGUGUCAAUCGCAAGAAACUGGAGCAAAGAGUCAAGCAGUCGGGGCAGCUGGAGGCUCAUGAAAGCAGCUGCAAGCCUUGUCCUGUGGUUGCUUCUUCACCUGUGUGCGGCUCUGAUGGACACAACUACGCUUCAGAGUGUAAGUUGGAGCAGCAGGCCUGCCUCACAGGCAAAGACCUGAGCAUCAUGUGUUCUGGAUUCUGUCCCUGCGCCACGACUCCUGUUACCGUCACAAACGCUGACACCAAACGUGAGAGCUGCACUGGCCAGGACCUGGCAGACCUGGGUGACCGCCUCAGAGACUGGUUCCAACUCCUUCAUGGCAACGCAAAGCAGAAUAACUCUGGCAAACCUGGAGCUGGCACCGCUUCAGUGCUGGACAAGAGUCUGGUCGCCAGCUGCAAGGACUCCAUCGGCUGGAUGUUCUCCAGGCUUGACACCAACGGCGACCUGUAUCUGGACCAAGCUGAGCUGGCUGCCAUUAAUCUGGACAAGUAUGAAGUCUGCAUCCGACCCUUCUUCAACUCCUGCGACAGCUACAAGGAUGGGAAGGUGUCUACGGCAGAGUGGUGCCUCUGCUUCUGGAGAGAAAAGCCGCCAUGCCUCGCUGAGCUGGAGAGGAUCCAAGUGCAGGAGGCGGCCAAGAAGAAGCCUGGGAUGUACAUUCCCAGCUGCGACGAGGACGGCUACUACAGGAAAGUGCAGUGCGAUCAGAGCCGAGGGGAAUGUUGGUGCGUCGACCAGCACGGCGGGGAGAUGAUGGGCACCAGAAUCCAUGGCAACCCCGACUGCGGUUUCUGAAGGGGAUUUUGACGUUAUUUUGGCUCAGCGCUCAGUGUGGAAGAUGUCUUUUGUUUGAAUCUCUCUCUCCGCUAAUCCUGAAGUCAGAAUACAUCUUUGGCUUUAUGCUUUGAAGGCAGAGGCUGCAUAUCUGGAGAUUAAAUGAAGUAAAAUUAAUCUCCUCUAUUUAGUCGUUUGUCUGCGUAAUCGUUUUAAAAUCUAAUCUCGGCCAUCUUAAUUUGAUGUCAGACAAGCAUGAAGCUGCUCAACACAAUCACCGUGAGUCCUUACGUUUCAUUACUCGCUUCCAAAUCAAGCUGUUGGUCUAUUAAAUAAUAAAUAAUGCAACACGGAAGUGAGCAUAUCUACAUUCUUGCAUAAUGUCUGGCUGCUCGUGUUGUAAUCAGGUGUGAUGUAACCUAAUUAACAAGCCAAGCAACUCAAUUAACUCUCGCAUUAAUUACACUUUUAGGACAGUAACCACUUUGAAAAGUUUGCAUAGAAGAAUUGAAGGACUAAAAGGGGUAUACUCUUAAUAAUACGGCUUGAAAUUUGGGCUGGCUGACAGUGACAAAGAGACAAACUCUUUGUCAUGCUUCAUGAGAAAGUGUCAAUUAAAUCCCUUCUUGUUAAGCCAGACGUCUGCAUGUCAGUCAAUGUACUGGGAUAACCAUCUGAAACCUUCCCCAUAGCCUUGUUUCUUCAACACGCUGCACAUGAAGAUCUCCAGCGGCCGAACGUUCAGCUCCUUCAAAGAGACGUUUCCCUGUCGAUAACAGUAAGGAUAAAUGGGGAUGAGUCAUCGGGUAGUGGUGCAUGUGCCCAACCAUACAGAGACAUCAUAUUAAUCCUUAAAACGCCCACCUUUCCGGUAACUUGACCAUCAAGAGCAAAAGCUCCUCUCAGUCCUCCUUCACUGAUGGCUUCAGGACGGUCGAUUUUAUUACCCAACACCAACACCGGUACGUUGACGAUGGUCUCGUCUGAUAGGAGAGCCUAAAAAAUUACAAGAGCAGCACAAUCUUCAUCAAUCCAUUGUUAAGAAACAACAGUCUGUGUAGCUCAAACCAGCAAUUUUUAAUCUUACGUCAAGUUCCGUCUUGGAUUCUGUGAGUCUGUCGUGAUCUGCACAGUCUACAAGGAAGACGACUCCAUUCACAGCUGGAAGGUAGUUCUUCCAGACUCUCCGAGCUACGAACACAGGAAAGACAGUUUGUGCAUUUGCUCUUGUUGCAGUAAUUCAGCAUGAUUAUUUUUUAGUUUGUAAUGCUGCAGUGUAACUCUGAACUGGUGACAGUUUAAUUGCGUCCUUCACUGUCUCUGUGUACAAGCAAGAUCAAUCUUUAAUCUAUAGGAAUGGUGGUUCACAGGUGCUCAUAUCUAAAUGACUAAGUUUAACUGAAAACAUACCGACAUUGAUAGACUGUUUUCAGUUAAUCUGGCCAGCAGGUUUUGAUGCUAUGCUAGGGAUUAAAGUCACCAACUCUAUGAACUAAUACCACUGAUAAAAGGUGUUAAUUGUCUCAUCUUAAGGACUAACCAGACAACAUAAGUGGACAGUGGGAUUUGGAUUUGGCCGUACUCUCCUAAAGUACAUCUUUAGCAGCACCUCUACACAGCAACACAUGUUCUGUUCAUUUCUGCUGUGUACAACACACCAGGCUCAGAAGCUCUAUUUGAUGUACCAUCAGAAAUCAUUUGCAGCCACAAAAAUGUUAAAUUACACAUAAUGACAACUGAUCACGACCACGGGGCUUGUAGACACACCAUGUGGCAGCCAUGAGAACUGAUUUGUCAUCUUGUAUGUUUUCCUGUACAGGUCUCUGAUGACAGCAGUGAAAAAUGCAAGUGGAAAAAAACAAGCUUCAUCUUUUUAGCCACAUCUUUAUUUUGUGAUCUAGUAAACCAGCAGUUUUUCUCUCCUCUGUAAAGACUUUGUUUUGCAUUUUAUCACAAAUUAAAUGCAAUUACACGUGCUUACAUGGUUGUGAAUGUAUAAGGCAGUCUGAUCAUGUAUCCACAUAGUGGUGAGGUAGUGCUAAGACAACAUUAUUUAAAUCCUAGCACGAAUGACCUUCAAAAAACUAUUUGUAUAAUGUGAUAUUUAGCCAAAAUCUGUUGUAGCUACAAAUUAAACAACUGCAUAGUGUUUCAUUGCUAGCAGGAAGAUAGAUCUUACCUUGGACAUGUCCUCCCAGAUCAAAUGUAGUAAAUGUCAUUCCACCGAUUGUCAGCUCCUCUGAAGCUUUGUGGGAAAGAAAAUAAAACUGUCUUUUAUGUCUGAGUGACCACAAGACUGAGAAUCAUGGGAUUAAUCAAGACACAAUGAAAUCUAAAUAUUCUUGCUUAAAAAUCGCCCUGCAGGUGAUUCUACGACACAACAUGUCAGAGAGUCGCACCUAUGAUUUACAGUAUAACAAUAUCAAAGUAGAAAGAAAAUGUACCUAAAUUUGAGCAAAAUGCAACAUAUUGAACAGCUUCAUAUUAUGAUAUUUUCAGUGGAGAGCUAAAUAACAACCUGUGGCAUAAAAUAAUCGAAAAUCUUAACCGACGCCAGUGACAUCAAAGUAGGAUGUCACACCACUGUCUAAACAGAAAUGUCCUCUUACUUGGAUGCAGCGUUGGCACAUGCUGGCCAAGUCGGUCAUCUUUCAGCAUGUGCAGGAGCGUUGUUUUACCAGCGUUGUCCAGGCCGAGGAAAACCAGCUUCCCAGACUUUUUGUACAGGCCUGGACGAAAGCCCAAAUGGAAUAAUUGCUAUACAUUUAAUUCCUUCAUGAAUAUAGAUUACUGCAGUCUCUUUCACACUUGCAGCUCUGCAGUAUUCUGUGACUUGUGGUUAUUUGGGUUUGCACUGUCUGGACAACAUACAACACUUGAAUACUGCUAACGUGAAUUAUUUAACAAUGCACACCAAGCUUAGGAUUUCAAUACUUUUCUGAAACUGUGAAAUCAUUGCAGGCCAACAGGCAAUACUCACCCAAGAAUUGUAAAACACUACUAAACCCCCUGUAGAUCCAAUCAAAUAAAAAUGACAUCUUGACAGCGUGUGCCUGAAGCAAGAAAAAGCACAGGUUAUUCCAUAAUACCGCUAAGAGUUACAGAAACACAGACAUGCCUACUUUUACACAGUGCCUUCACUUAUUUUCCACAUUUUUGAGGGCACAGUUGUUAUUGUGUGUUUCAUCAAAUGUUUUGCUAGCGCCUCUGUGUAAGGAGGACAAAAUAUUAGAAACAUUCAUCAACAUUAUGCAGAAAAAAUGGCAGAAAAUUGGAUUAUGUUAGCAGAUACACAAAAACUUAAUGUAUGUGAAUAUUUCAAGAUUCAAGAAUACAGUAUGGGGAAUAAAAUGCAACAAUUAUGUAGAAUAAAUUGUUAUAUCUACUGUUUGCAGAGUGAUAGGCCUUUUUAAUUUCAUCUUGUCAUGGCAGAAAAAACACAGGUGUGAUGAAUGGCAUUAAAAUGACAAAAAUCUACUUAGCUGAGCCAGUAGGUCCAGUAUUUUGGAUGUUGACUCUUUGUAAUGACUUAUUAAGACACUCGAUUGAACUAAGCUAUUAUUAAGCAGAUUUGUUUCACUUGCGCUUUUCCUAUUAUUAAAGCAACUUCAUUGCUCGGCACUUUGCACGUUCAUUUUAUUGUCUAUGUUGUGUUUUGUCAUGACCCUGUUUGUCUGGAGCACAGUGUUAUAUUGUUAUAUUGUCUAGUAUAGGUCCCUUAGUGUUGUUUGUCAGUGACUCAAUGUUGUCUUGUUAUGUUAUUUAAGGACAGGUCUCUCUGGAGAAUGAGACUCAGUGUCUCAAUGAGACUACCUGUAUAAAUAAAGGCUAAAUUAAAAAAACAACAACAUAUCUUGUCAAAAGGUGUAGUAGCUUUAUGCAUGGCGUCAUACAGGUGUUAUUCCACAUCCUGCUCUAGAUAUUUGUGACAUAACACUACCUCUAUCCAGGCGUGUAGCAGGUGGCUAACAGCUAUGUUACCUUUAACCAAAUGAAAUGUCUACAAAGACUAAUGGGUCGUUUAGACUGAAUCCACCUGAAAGCAGACAAUAAGUCUCCCUAAAUGACUGAUCAGCUUCAACAACAUUUCUACUUAACAUCGCUUCUUUUUGCUAUUUGUAUGUCUAUGUGACACACUGUGAAAUAACAAAUAAAAUCGGCACAAACGUUG